AUGUCAGACGGCACGAGCUAUUGGCCGCGCUUCGUCGAUGACUUCCUCGGUCGGCUAGAAUCCGACCCCGGCGCCCUCUCCGAGGGCUCCCGCGGCCUCCCGGCCUACCGCUUCGAUGACGCGUCGGAGCGAGCGUUGCUCGCGACACGCUGUCGCCCCGUGAGCUUCCGGCUGGGCACCGGCGCUUCUCUCUUUACCGACUGCCUGAUCCCCGCCAUGGUCUCGGCCCGAUCCGAGAUCAUCCUGGUCACCUGCUUCUGGGCGCCAUCCGAGUCCCUGACGGCCCUCCAUGACGCGCUCACAGCACUUGCCGCUCACCGGCGCUCUCUCAUCCGCGGCGCGCUCUCGAGAGGCGACGCCGCCAUCCGGCCCCUAACGGUCCGCAUAUGUCUGUCCUCCCGCUCGCUGCUCCAGAAACUGCUGCACCCCCAGUCCCGCGGCGGCUACAUGUACCCUCCGUCUGCUUGGGAGAAGCAGCUUGGGCUUCCCGACCCGGCCUCGCUCGAGGCUGGCGGCAUCCAGCUCCAAGUCAAGAGUCUCUUCUUCCUUCCCUUUAGCGUAAUGCAUCCCAAGUUCGUCAUCAUCGACAGGCAGCGGGCGUUCGUGCCCAGCUGCAACGUGAGCUGGGAGCCGUGGCUCGAAGCCUGCGUCGAGAUCACCGGGGAGGCAGUUCGGUCCCUACUAGUCUUUUACUCACGGACUUGGGGGGAUCCGCCUGGCUCGUGGCAGCAGGUCGAGCCUGCGCCCGAGGGUGCAGCUACAGCUACCGAGGGCGUGUCGCUGGACGCCCGUCACGCGGGACUCGUCGUGAUUCAGAGCCCUGCUCACCACCGCACAGCUCUUCGUUGUCGCGAGCCGGUCCCGACACUUGUUCUUCCUUCCUCUCACCAUGCAAACCCCCGCUUCCGCCCGUUCCCUUGGCAAAAACCUGCGGCGCCGCCCAGCACGCCCCAAAACAUCGCCCUGCUUCAGCUCUUCAGCCGAGCACAGCAGUCCAUCUACAUUCAGACGCCCAACAUGACCUGCAGGGCCGUCAUUGCCGCCGUACUGGACGCCCUUGCGAGAGGCGUCCAUGUCAGCAUCGUCACGAACCGCAGCAUGAUGCUGGCCGAGCAGCUGCUCACCGCCGGCACCACCACUUCCUGGUGCAUGUGGUCGCUGGUCCGCCGCUUCCGACGUCUCAGGGCGACAGCGGACGCCCGGUCCGCGGGAGAUGGCGGCGGCGGCGGCGAUCUGGAAGCCGGCCGUCCAAGCAUUGGACGCCUGCAGAUCUCAUACUUCCGCGCCAAGUCUCGGGGCGGCCGUGAGCUCCGCGAGACGCCCCAGUCUCUGAUUCGCACUCCGUCUCGCGGCGAAGAGCCGGUGCACUCGCACCUGAAGCUGACCCUCGUCGACGACACAUACGCAGUGCUUGGUUCGGCGAACAUGGACCGCGCAAGCUGGUUCACCAGCCAAGAGCUCUCUCUCCUGUUCCACGACCGCGACCUCUGCACCGAGAUCAGAUCCGGGAUCGACAGCGUGCUGGAUGGGAGAGUCGACCUCGUUUUCGACUCGGACGAUGACGUGCGUGCAAUGUAA